UGGCUAGGAAUCUAACUGAUCCAUUGGGCUAGAUAGACAAGGAGACGAUGCCGUUUAGUUGAGUUGUCAUGCGCCAAGAAAGCUGGUACACAGAAAAAAUUGGGGGGUCAAGGGUUUAGCUUUCUCUGCUUUCCGCCGCUGAAUUGCGCUGUCGAAGGAUAAUAGCUGCCAUUUAUACACAAUUGUAUGGAGAUCGAUUUAGAUGUCAAAGAUGGCUCCCUCAUUCUGAUAAAGCAAGGCGCUGAAGCGAGAGUUUUUGAGUCUAAUUUUGUUGGAAGGAGGUCUAUUGUCAAGGAACGCUUCUCAAAGAAGUAUAGGCAUCCAUCUUUGGAUUCUAAACUUACACUCAAACGCUUAAAUGCGGAAGCAAGAUGCAUGACAAAGGCAAGGCGACUUGGGGUUUCUACUCCAGUGCUGUACGCUGUGGAUCCUUUACUGCAUACCCUCACAUUUGAGUAUGUGGAGGGUCAUUCUGUGAAAGAUGUCUUUCUUGAAUUUGGGUUACAUGGUGUUGUGGAAGAACGCAUGGAUGAUAUUGCAACACAGAUUGGUGAUGCAAUUGGAAAACUACAUGAUGGUGGCCUCAUUCAUGGUGACUUGACCACAUCAAACAUGUUAAUCCGGAAUGGCACUAAUCAAGUGGUCCUUAUUGAUUUUGGUCUGAGCUUCACAUCAACCCUUCCUGAAGACAAGGCAGUUGAUUUGUAUGUACUGGAACGAGCCUUGCUUUCAAUGCAUUCUUCAUGUGGGAAUGUGAUGGAUCGUGUGCUUGCUGCAUAUAGGAAAUCCUCAAAGCAAUGGUCAUCCACAAUGAACAAGCUAGCCCAAGUUCGCCAAAGGGGUCGAAAGCGCACCAUGGUUGGAUAGGCUUUUUCAACAGUUUGUCCUGCACAAGGGAAAGAGGAAGAGACAUCUGUUGGACCUUUAAUGUUUUCUGUUGAAUUGAUUGAUGUUAGGACUUAGGACAGCAAAUGUAGCUGUAUCUGCAUAGUGUAACUGUAUUCUAAUGCAUAUGCACGCCUAGAAGUACAAUCAAAGUUGUUUUUUUUUUUUUUUUUUCCAAUCUACCAUAGGGCUCAAUAGAUUAUAGUUCAAAAUUAAAAGAGUUGGGGCAUUCCAAAUGAAAUGUUAUUGGUAGCCGGUUGAGUUGAAACUGAUUUGCUCAUUUGCAGUAGUCAUUUGUACAUUCUGUGUGCAGGACUGAACAAGGCUGUGCCAGUAUUGAACAGCUCUUAUGGGCCUUUCUUGCA